AUGCUACGAGCCACGAUCUUUGUUAUGCUUGUGCUGCUUGCCGGCUUUUGGCCAAGUCUGGGGGAAAAGAAUUCCAAAUUGAAAAAUAAAUCUGAACUGAAAGCGGCAGUAGAGAGAGUUUUUAGCCGAAAACGAAGGGCGCUUUUGUUUCCACCAGGAUCGUUUGUGAAGUUCACAUGUUCCUUUGCCACUGGCCUCAUUGCGACCUAUCCGAAGGGUAUUACAUUUGUGUUGGAGGAGGCUCUCUACUUUCCAAUUCCUGGAACACUGGAGGAUGUUUACCCUAAAAGGUUCCGGCCCAAAACUACAACGAAGAAGCCAGAAAAGCUUUCGGAUUCUAUUGUCUAUAUACCAGGCACCGAUUGGCGUUUCAAGGCCCAGACCCUACCGAAGCCCAAAUGGAGACAGCCACCUCCAAAAACCCAUCGAAUUGAUGAUGAAAGCUAUGCAAAUCCUUUCAAAUGGCAACAGUGGAGCCAAUACUCCAAGUAUUCGGAUCAAAAAUGGCAGAAUCAUCAGUGGAAAGGCUGGAAUCAGGAGAAGGUAUCAAAGUGGACCACGCCAUCUCCCAAGUGGAAUCGAUACAGUGAAGCGUGGAAUUCCCAUCAUGUCCGUGGCCAUCGGGAUCGAAGGGACUUGUUUGAUCGAUUCACCAAAUUAAGUACUCUCAUUGGCAUUGAUGUCAAGUCGUGUAUUCUACGGACUAUAUGUGAUAGUAAACGAUUGCUUUUGCCGCCAGGAUAUUCUAUGUUGCACGACAUGCUUCGUUUGAUUUUCACAUUACCACGAUUGGAUGGUUUGAAAGAUGAAUACAGUCGCAUUAUGGACCGCGAUCCAGACGAGUGCUCCGAGGAAUUGAAGACGAAGUGUAAUAUGAACUUUUUAAUUUGGUUACUAAGUGGUAGAGUCGAAUAA